AUGAGUCGGCCCCACUCGCCCCGGACGCAGCUCUCUCCCAAUUCCGAGCACCCCGCGCGGCGGUUUGUUGCGCGCGCACGCGCAAUCGCCGCUCUCCUCGGCCUACGGCUCAAGCGGCUGAAGAAACGCGAGCCCGGCAUGCGCCUGCGUUCGUGGGUCGAGGGCGACGACUGGGAGCUCGGGGACGAGGAAGAGGUCGAUGGUGUUGGCGUCGGUCAUCGUCACCCCGAGAGCGCGCCGGUGCGCUGGGCCGAGAUGGUCGAUUGGGUCGAGGUCGAGUUGACUGAGCGUCGGCCGGACGCAGGACGUUGGGAUAAGGAACACGAGUUCUUCCGCGAGACAGCGCGGAUCGAGCGCGUCGUUGGCAUUUAG